GGAGGAGAGGAGACAGAAGUACAGAACACACCAACAGGAGGCAUCCAUCCGGUCGCAAUCCCAAAUCCUGAACGCGUCGUUGGGGAAACCGCGUUCCGCUGUUGCAACCAAAACCAACCCAACCCAGCAGCAGCAGCGACCGGAAGCUUCGAAGCCUUGGCCCCGAAUCAACCCCCGCAAUCCCCACAAAAGGCAGAGCCCCAACCCCAAUCGGAGAAGACUUCCCAAUCCCACCCGCAGAGGACCAGGAGGAGCCAUCCCUCAUCGCAGUCGCCGGAUCGGAGGACGCCAACCACUCGUCGCCGGACUUCCUCCCCGCCCGCCGGUCACCAUGAGCUUCAUCUUCGGCAAGAAGAAGACCCCAGCCGAGCUGCUGCGGGAGAAUAAGCGGAUGCUGGAGAAGUCCAUCAGGGAUAUUGAGAGGGAGAGGCAGGGCCUGCAGAACCAGGAGAGGAAGCUCAUCAACGAGAUCAAGAAGGUGGCCAAGCAGGGACAGAUGGGAGCUGUAAAAAUCAUGGCGAAGGACCUUAUCCGCACAAGGCACCAGAUAACAAAAUUUUAUGCCCUGAAAUCCCAGCUACAAGGUGUAUCUCUUCGCAUUCAGACACUGAAAUCAACACAAGCAAUGGGUGAAGCUAUGAAGGGUGUCACAAAAGCUAUGGGACAAAUGAACAGGCAGAUGAAUCUGCCUGCUCUGCAGAAGAUAAUGCGGGAGUUCGAGAUGCAAAAUGAGAAGAUGGAGAUGGUUAGUGAAGUGAUGAACGAUGCCAUCGAUGAUGCAUUGGAGGGCGACGAGGAGGAGGAAGAGACAGAAGAGCUAGUCAACCAAGUCCUCGAUGAAAUUGGCAUUGAUGUCAACUCCGAGCUUGUCAAGGCUCCUGCCACUGCAGUUGCUCAACCUGUCGCAGCAGGAAAAGUUCCGGCUCAAGCUGAAGCCGCAGGUGGGGUGGAUGGUGGAAUAGAUGAUGACUUGCAGGCACGGCUUGAUAACCUGAGGAAGAUGUGAUGAUUGGAGUCUGACAGAAUUAUUCACACGCUUUGUUUGUAGUUUUGUAAUUUGAAUAUAGCCAUUGCGGCAAUCCUUUUGGCAUUGGCCAUUUGUACAUAGAAUAGAAUAUAUCUGGUACCAUGAACUAGGCUUUGCAAUAUAUAUAUUCCUAAUCCCAUUGGGUGCACUUCGGUUAUGAUUC